AUGGCAUUUCUUCGAAGCAUGUGGGGCAUGUCGAGCGCCCUGGGAAGGUAGGCGGAGCUGUGUACCAGCUGUGGAAGUCGACUACGCUUCCCCUUCAGUUUUGUGUAUUUAUGGAAAUGGUUUUCAUCUGCCUUGGCAAGUUAUCCAAAGAAAUCUGUAACUUCUUACCUUCGAUUUUCUGAAGAACAAUUACCCAUAUUUAAAGCUCAGAACCCAGAUGCAAAAAAUACAGAACUAAUUAGAAGAAUCACCGGGCAUUGGAGGGAACUUCCCAACUCAGAGAAAAAAAUACAUGAAGAUGCUUAUAGGGUCGACUGGCAGGCAUACAAAGAAGAGAUAAGCAGAAUUCAAGAACAGCUAACUCCAAGUCAGAUUAUGUCUUUGGAAACAGAAAUCAUGCAUGAACAGUUAAAAAGGAAAGCUUUAGUAAAAAAGAGAGAGACUAAGGAUGGUUCACCGCAGGCAAAGCUGAAGACUGUAAAUGAAAACGGGAAAAAUCUGUCUGGUUCUCAAAAGAAAGUAUAUAUUCAACUUGCUAAAGAUUAUAAAAUUCAUUAUUAUAAUGAAACGAAGUCUGGGGAAGAACAGAUGAUUGAAGUUGGAUGA